UCACUUUCUUUCUAACUUUGGAAAUCUUGACCACAAUUAAAGAGCUCAAAGUCUGUUUUGUUCAUGUAUGCUCGUAAAUAAUCACCAUAUCAAGCACGAAAACAGAACCCAGAUUGGUUUCGUCUUGGUUACUUUCAGGAGCAGAAGAAGUUUUUGGGUUUGAAUUUGUGGAAAUCGUAGGGUUUUGAUUUUGUGGGUGAAGGGUUGCAGGUUUAGAUGGAAAAUUCAAGUGAUAAAAGUAUGAAAAAUGAUGGGUUUGAUUCGUUUGACAGUACUACAAGUAGUUCGAAUUCGGAUACUUCUUCUAAAGAAUGUUGUUCUUCCCCUACUCCUCUUGGGUGGCCUAUUAGAAAGGCUCAAUUGAUGGAAAAAUGUGGCGAUGUUUCAGAAGAUAAAGUGAAAAUAAACCCCCAAUUGGAUGAUGAUUCCAAAUUGAAGAAAAUGGGUUCCAGAAUUUCAGAAAUGGAGAUGAUGAAAGAGAGAUUUGCUAAAUUAUUGCUUGGAGAAGACAUGUCUGGUAGUGGCAAAGGGGUCUGCACAGCUUUGGCCAUUUCAAAUGCCAUUACAAACCUUUGUGCUACUGCAUUUGGUCAAUUGUGGAGAUUGGAACCCUUGAGAUCUGAAAAGAAACAAAUGUGGCAAAGAGAGAUGGAAUGCCUUCUUUGUGUUAGCGAUCACAUUGUCGAAUUAAUACCAUCAUGGCAGACGUUUCCAGAUGGAAGUAAGCUCGAGAUCAUGACUUGCAGACCAAGAUCAGACAUUUUCAUCAACCUCCCGGCUCUUCGCAAAUUAGACAACAUGCUUCUGGAAAUACUAGAUAGUUUCAUUAGCACGGAGUUCUGGUACGUUGAUCAGGGGAUAGUUGCACCAGAGGCCGAUGGUGCAGGCUCUUUCCGCAAACCACUCCAACGGCACCAGGAGAAAUGGUGGCUGCCGGUGCCCCGUGUCCCUGCUGGUGGCCUCCAAGAAGACACCAGGAAACAGUUAAACCACAAGCGCGAAUGCACUAAUCAGAUUCUAAAAGCAGCCAUGGCAAUUAACAACAUUGCUUUAUCGGAAAUGGAAGUUCCAGAAUCAUACUUUGAAUCCCUCCCAAAGAAUGGGAGAACUUGUCUAGGAGACGUUAUCUAUCGUUAUAUAUCUUCAGAGCAAUUCUCAUCAGAGUGUUUGUUAGAUUGUCUUGAUCUUUCAUCCGAACAUGUUGCUCUCGAGAUUGCAAACCGUGUGGAGGCAUCAAUCUAUGUGUGGCGUAAAAGGGUUCACUCUAGACCUUUACCUAACCCAAACCGAUCUGCGGCUAAAGCCUCGUGGGACAUGGUUAAGGACCUAAUGGCCGAUGGGUACAAGAGGGAUUCACUAGCCGAAAGAGCCGAAAGUCUCUUGAUGUGCCUCAAACAUCGGUUUCCUGGUCUAACUCAAACCUCAUUAGACAUCAGCAAGAUUCAACACAAUAAGGAUGUUGGAAAAUCGAUCUUGGAGAGCUACUCAAGAGUCUUGGAGAGUUUAGCAUUCAACAUCGUGGCACGUAUAGACGAUCUACUUUACGUGGACAACUUGACUCGACAAUCAGAUAAUCCGUCAACCACGGCCGACGUAAUCGCUCACAAACGAGUCUCGAUCCCGUGUAUAUCAUCUUCAGGGACGCCCUACAAGUCUGCUUUCGGGACUCCAAAGUUUUCACCGGGACCCAUUGCGCCGCCUGCAACGGGAGACCGAACUCCGUCGUUGAAUGGCAAUGGCAGCAACAAGCCGCCUAGACGGGGGUUUGGGGUGAAACGAGCGUUAACGAGCUAUCUUGCUGGCGACACAAAGGUAAAGAGUAACUGUCAGUUGCUCGAAGGCCCUGGCUGUCUUUCGACUAGAAACUCAGAAAUGCCGCCAGCUCGUAGCAGCAUCGACGGUCCAUUGAGCCAGAAAGAGAACCAGAACCCGAGCAGGUUACCGACGAUAGAGCGAUGAUAUUUGAUUGUGUUAAAGUUAAUUUGUUGAUUAGCUUACAGUACUGUUAAAAACAGUUGCAACAAAGUGAGGAUUAUUUACCCUCAUGGUUGACUUUUGUAUUUGUUGUGGAAGAUUGUUGACCCAUUUGAUUUUAA